AUGACUUCCAGGAAGGUACCUCACGAAGGCAACGCGACUCUCCAAUCUGUUGCUGGCAUAUCAUUCAAAGGCAGCAGCGAAAGUAGCGUGGAGCUGAGUGGCAAACUCAUUCGAUAUAAGCGGCUGCAGCAACACGACCAGUUUUGGAGCAAGCUCAAAGCUGAUCAAGACGUCAAAACGCUUGUUCCCCGAUGGACUUCGCGUUAUCGUGCACCAGUGUGUCUUGUCGUGGGUAUCAUGAUCUGCGAAGAAGUGGAACUUUGCUUCGAUGAGGCGCAGGCCAGGGAGCGCGAGGCCAAAGGGCAACUGUCUAUGGGGAAGAUCACGCUCGCGACCGGUGUACCAAAUCCUGCCGGCAGUGCAGCGGAUCCGCAGAUUGGCUUUACCACAAAUCGCCAGGCCGUUACUAUGUUCAAGGGCAAGAUGAGUGAGAGCCGCAUCUUUGCUCUGGAGCUCAAGAAGAUCACAACUUCGGGGUGGAUUCAGAAGGAUCUGAAGCUGAGUAGUCAGGGCCCUGAUGUAGAUCCCACAAGGCUCGCUGCUGGAAAUUCGGACAAAGAAGAAGAUGAUGACGAGCAGCUGGAGAUUGGGGAAUUUGUUCUUGGUGAACUCAGUGCUGAAGAUUAUGGUGAGCUUGGAGGGUAA